UACGUUACAUUGAAAUAUUUUUUAUUUAAAAAUUCUAGGAUAAAGCUACAAAGAAAAUGGAUAGCGAAUCAGACAUUUAUCGUGAGUUGUGUGAUAAUCCAACAUUAUAUGUUUCACCAAGAGAACUUUUCGAAGUUAUGUUACCUAAUGAUGGUACAGUGUGUUUUAUCAGUAUGGUGGAACAAAUCGACAGUACAAUUGCUGUUAAAACUAAAAAUGGUGAAGUUCAACGUUGUCGAGUAAUUUUGACAAAUAAUAAAGACUGGAAGGUUCAAGUUACUAUAUGGGGCAAUAACAUAAAUCGAGUUAUACAUAACUUUAAAACAUCAUUUGUGGUACAUGUAUCCGGAGUUUUCUCAAAAACGUUAUUCUAA